AAUUAAAAUUGCCAUAGUUUAUAAUAUUUUUUUAUGUAGAAGUGAAAAUGAAAAGUUAUUAUUUAUUGGUGCUGUUAUUCAUUGGAGUGGCCAUUGCUGAACCGCAAUGGUAUAACAGUUCGGAUGGUCGGCAGUAUUUGAUUGAAAGUGCUGCAAAGUACAAUUGGUUUAGGACCAAUCAUGAGUGCGCACGCAGAAAUUUACAAUUGGUGGAAAUCCAGUCGGAAUCGAAAAAUCAAGCUUUGGUGAAGUUAUUGAAAUCGAUAUUUGGCACCUCCACCAGUCUGUGGUUGGGUGGCAAUGACCAAUUCAAUUCUGAAAUCAGCACAAAUCGUCCUUUCUACUGGUCUGCCUCCGGCAAGGGUAUGACCUACAGCUACUGGUAUCCCGGAGAACCGAACAAUGAACGCAAUCAGGAAAAUUGUGUGCAAACCUUUGCCUAUAGUCCCGAUUUUCAAUGGAACGAUGUGACAUGUACCAAUCAAUACGGUUUCAUAUGUGAAGAUCAACACGCCCACAAUAAAUACUAUUCAACGUUGCGCGAAAAACGUCAACAUGUUAUGAAAGCCAUCAAAAAAUUCUCCGAAUCGAUGCAACACGAAAAGGAGAAGGUUUUGGAGAUGGUACAUCGCACCCGGAAUCUGAUUGCAAAAAAUAACAAAGAGGUUGAAGAAUUUUUGGCAGCUCUCGAGAGUAAAUCCUCCCACAAUGGCGGCAGUGAUGAGGCGGAGAAUAAACAGGAAAUGAAGAAGGUACCGACAGAGACAAAUGAGCACAUCAAUGAACUCUAUGAAAAAUUGGAGAAUUCCACACCAAAGAUAGCCAAUAGAAUUUCCCAGGAGCAGUUUGAAGUAGAGCGAAAAAUCGAAGAUAUUCUUGGAAAUAUACAUUUUUAAAUUAAGGUUUUUUUUUUAUAAUUUUUGAAAUAUGUCUUGACAAUUA